GGAAGGAGUCAGCUGGUUCCUGAAAAGCACUUAGUGUCAGCCUGUAAAAUUAAUUAGUAUCAGAAUGUAAGAUGCCUCCUCUCCCAAUCCUGGGGUGUCUGUGUGUGUAUGUAUUAACAUGUAUAUGUGUGUGUGUGUGUUGUGUUUUGCUAACAAAACUGAUUCUGCAACUUUGUUAAUAGUGACCAUGCAUGACACCUGGUGUUUCUUGACCUCUGUUUUGUCAGUCAAGGCUCCUGUUGGCAUGCACUUUGGUUAGGUUUCUUAUUGCUACAUAUCUUAGUUAGAGGAUGAAGACAUGAGGCCCAGGUCCUGUGGGAAUAAUCUCUGGGCUUCCUGAGCCCUGGGGGAGCCCUGCCUCACAUUCACUGGUCCCUCCUAUGCAGAUAGCAUCUUUACAUGUUGUACCCUCAAGUGGACAAAAUUGAGUUUCCCAACAUACCAGCCUGUGGGUGAAGGGAAACCUCAAGCUGCCACGCAGGGCAUCUGCGCCAUGUGGAAGCCCUCUUUGCCCCCAUCCAGUUUAGGGGACAGAGGAGGAGUGACAUGGGAGGAAGCCAGGUGCGCCAGGGCCUUUUCGAGCGUUACCUGAUCCUGGCCCAGAUGGUUCUCUUGCAGGAGAGAGAUGCCUUUACAGUGUCAGAUAUCUAAUUUGAAUGUUGCUGGAUUAUGUGUCUUUCAGUUGACGACAGCAGUGACCAGUGCCUUUUUAUUAGCAAAAGUGAUCCUCUCAAAGCUUUUCUCACAAGGGGCUUUUGGCUAUGUGCUGCCCAUCAUUUCCUUCAUCCUCGCCUGGAUCGAAACGUGGUUCCUGGACUUCAAAGUGUUACCUCAAGAGGCAGAAGAAGAAAACAGACUCUUGAUAGUUCAGGAUGCCUCAGAGAGGGCCGCGCUGAUACCUGGGGGUCUUUCUGAUGGUCAGUUUUAUUCUCCUCCUGAAUCUGAAGCAGGAUCUGAAAAUGAAGCUGAAGAAAAGCAGGACAGUGAAAAACCACUUUUAGAACUAUGAGUAAGACUUUUGUUAAAUGUGAAAAACCUUCAUUGAAAGUCACCAGAAAGAAAAAGGAACUGGAGAUGGGGGUCUCCCUAUUGAAGGUUGAAAUGGUGACAUCCACUGCUGACAUUAUUGAACGGCUAAUAAAGAAUUUAUUUAUUGUAAUACCUCACAGACAUGGUACCAUACCCACAUCCAUUUAUGUCACCUGCCUGUGGCUGGUAAGAUAAUGUCCUGGCCCACCCUGUGUUCAGUGAGACUGGAUCUGAUCUGUCAGUGAAUAGUUGCAGAAAGUCUUGUGCUGUGUUCCUGAUCAAAAAGGCUUCUUAAUAUAUUGGAAUAACACUUUUUUAGUAUGCAAAAUAUCUUUAUUUUGAUUUGCAGAAUGGAAUUUUUUUGUCUCAUGUUUCAAAUUUCUUUUGUAUUUCUUUUUUAACUCCCUACAUUUCCCUUAUGUUUUUUAACUCAUGCACAUGCACUAUUUGUACAGUUUUAAAAGGUAAUAAAAUCCAACAUAUCAAAAUGA